GUGGAGUGCAUUCAAGGGAGCAUUUGUGAUCUACAGCAGGGACUUUGUAUGAUGAAUAUGUUGUGGUCAAGACCAAUGGGUAUACUGUUCAUUAGCAGAUUAUCCAUUCCCAAGAUGAUAAAUGUGAAAUAUAUUCAAACCACAUCAACCAAAGUUUCAUUGAAACAGUGCAUUAGACAGGUCAUCUGUAAUAACUAUUUACAGAGACAACCCUUUUAUUUGACAAUUAAUGAAUACUCAGAUAAACACAAUCAUAAUACUGAUGCCACUGAAGAUAACCUGGAAACCUCGCUGGAAACAGUUCUCUAUGAAAGAAUUUGCAGUGAAACAUUGGAUUCCCUAAUGGUUUAUUUUGAGGAACUUGCAGAGACCAAACAGAAACUUGCUAAUGCAGAAGUAUCAUAUAGUAGUGGAGUGUUGAAUAUCAAUCUUGGAGAAUAUGGAACAUAUGUGAUAAAUAGGCAGUCUCCAAACAAGCAAAUUUGGCUGAGUUCUCCAGUCUCGGGACCAAAACGAUUUGAUUUCAUCAAGAAAAAUCAAUGCUGGGUGUACAAACGCGAUUCAAUAACACUUCAUAAACUUUUAGAAAGUGAAAUAUCUGCAAUUUUAGGUGAGAGUAUUGAUAUGUCUAAAUGUGCUUACACAAACACGAAUUGUUAGAAAUUUAGUCGAAUAAAUCAGAAUUAUAAGAGAAAUAUCGAUUAUUGUAAAUUUUUUUCUUAUGCAUUGAGUCUGCUGAUUUUGGGACGAAAAUUUAGAUGUUUUCAAAUUUCAUAAUUUCAUGGGAAUUUGUUCAGUAUAGGCCAAUAAAAUGGUAAUUUUUCGAUGGAUUGAUUUCCAAGUUGGAAAUUGUCUCACUACCUUCAUUUGUCCCAAGUGUAAAGUGAGUUUGCACUAUUCAAGGAGGUGGGCUUGACUUUUUUUUUCAGUUUUUUGCUUUCAAAAUCCCAUUGUAUAUCAAAGAAGGUUGAAUUUUGGGCAGAAUUAGUAUACAAUAUUCGAAUUCGGUUCAUUAUACAAGGUGUCCCAGUACAACGCACUAUGAAUU